UCUGCAACUUUCCAGGGUUUCACUUUCCCCUGUUCAACGGCUCUCCGACCAUGCGAGUUUAGAGAACAAAUUGUCUCAACUCUGUCGCUUAGUAAGUAUAUUCCAUUUUUGCAGUGAUGUUUAAUUUUCUCUGCAGAACUUUACGUCGAUAUCAUGGUAGAGAUGCAUAUUUCUCUAACCAUAAUAAAUUUCAAGCUUUCAUGUGUCCAGUAUUUGUCAAACACAUCUCAACCAACUCAAAAAAACAGUCUUUUACAGUCUCAUACCUCAUUAGUUCAUGUGGGCUGUCUCCAGAAUCUGCUUUAACGGCAUCCAAAAAAGUGCAAUUUGAAACAUCAAUAAAACCAGACUUAGUGCUCACCUUUUUCAAGAAAAAUGGCUUGUCAGAAACCCAAAUUUCAGAUCUCAUUAGAAAAUGUCCAGUACUGCUUUCGUACAAUCCUGAGAAAACCCUUUCGCCCAAACUUGAGUUUUUUCACUCUAAAGGCUUUUCCAGUGCUGAUCUUGCAAAAAUGAUUUGUUGCUUCCCUCGUAUCUUGGAAACUAGCUUAAAGAAUCGUAUAAUUCCAUCCUUUACGUACCUUAGUAGCUUGCUUCAAUCUUCUGAAAAGACUAUUACAAUAGUUAAACGUUGUCCAUCUAUUAUUUAUCGUGAUCUUCAAAAUUGUCUUCCUCCUAAAAUCAAUUAUUUGCUAAACAGUGGUGUGCCUGAAUAAAAUAUUAUUAUGUUUUUUUACAAUUGGCCUAGGAAUUUUUAUUACUACCCUGGUUUGAAAGAGGCUGUGGACUUUGUAAAGAAAAUGGGUUUCAAUCCUCUAAGGUCACAGUUUGUUGCUGCUGUUAAUAUAAUGUUGUUUAUGCAAAAAGCUGAGUGGGAAAAAAAGUUUGAUGUUUACAAGAGGUGGGGUUGGUCUGAAGAAGAGAUUUUCACAGCCUUUCGAAAACACCCUUGGUUUAUGAUUACUUCUGAGAAGAAGAUUAUGGCAGUGAUGGACAUUUUUGUGAACAAAAUGGGUUGGGAGCCCUCUGCCAUUGCUGAGCAGCCAAUUCUUUUUUCAGUGAGCCUGGAGAAGAGAAUUAUCCCGCGUGCUUCAGUUCUUCAGUAUCUGUUGAUCAAAGGUUUGCUUAAGAAUAAACCUCUUGCUGCUAGAGCAUUCACGCAAUGUGAAAAGUCCUUCUUGCAAAAGUUUGUGAAUUGUUAUGCUGAAGCUCCUCAUAUAAUGAAGCUGUACAAUGAGAAGCUAGAUCUUUCAGAGAAUAGAAACUGAUUACAAUAGAGAGAUAGAGUGUAAUGCAGUAUCUAUAACAAGUUUACAUCAAAAACAAUUUGAUGCUUAUUCUCUUUGGUACUUGAUCUUGUAUUUAGAUAAAAAUUUUGGUCAAGGUCACUUACGGUUUAUUUUCAAUUUCUUCCAUAUUUGUAUCUUAAGUUAAAAAUAUUCUUAGCAGUGCUACUUUAAGUUGCAAUCAUACUGGAGCCUUCUGCCAUUGCCCAGAGGCCAAUUCUUCUUUCAAUGAGCCUGGAGAAGAGAAUUAUUCCUCAUGCUACAUUUGUUCAGUUUCUUUGAUCCAAAGGUUUGCUUAAGACAAAUUUUAUUUCACUUACACUGUAUAACUUUUGUGAUGAAGUCUUCCUGAAGAAGUUUGUGGAUUGCUAAGAUGAAGCUCCCCAGCUAUAGAAGCUGUACAAAGAAAAGCUGGAUCUUUCAAAGAUGAUCAAGUGAUCACUAGGUAGGUAUGUAUUGUUUCUGACAAGGUUACAUCAGAAUGGUCGAAAUUCUGUGUCACUUGAUUUUCUAUAAUUCUUUGUAUCCAGACAUUCUAUAGUCAAAUCAGGAGUAUUCAGUCUGGACUAAUGUUGGUUUACUAGCAAUUGAUUUGCUUGGUGAUUAGUAUAUGGUGAUAGGAAUGCAGCAAUUGUGACAUUUACAUAUGAGAAUCUGAACUUAUGCUAUCAAGCCAAAAAGAGCUUUUCACCAGAUUACUCAUGGUUUAUCUGCAAUUUCUGUGCAGAGUAAAGAAUAUGCUCAGCAAUGAGAUUCUAAGAUUUAUAACCAUUAUCAUUCUGAAAUCUCUGGGCUUGCUUACUCCUGAUACUGCUCUGUAACUGUUAGCCGUUGUGUUUAACUUGUUUGUCAGGAGAAUGCCUUUAUGCUC